AUGCUAUGGGCAGCGCGCCUGUCCGGCUUCUUCUCCGCCGCCAUGCUGAUGGUGGUCCUCUCGCCGUCGCUGCAGUCCUUCCCGCCCGCCGAGGCCAUCCGGUCGUCGCAGUUCGACAGCCACGUCCGCUUCCCCGGCCAGAUCGCCGGGGGGGCCAGGGGCCUCCCCUUCCGCCGCGCGCCGUCCUUCCGCAAUGCCGCUGACUGCGGCAACGCCACCGGCAGCAAUGUCUGCGACCCCUCGCUCGUCCACAUCGCCAUUACUCUGGACGAGGGCUACCUGAGGGGCUCGGUCGCCGCCGUCCAUUCCGUGGUCCAGCACGCCAUGUGCCCGGAGAGCGUCUUCUUCCACUUCCUCGUCUCCGACCCCAGCCUGGGCGACCUCGUCCGCGCCGUCUUCCCGCAGCUCCGGUUCAAAGUCUACUACUUCGACCCCGCGCGCGUCCGGGGGCUCAUCUCGUCGUCGGUGCGCCAGGCGCUGGAGGAGCCGCUCAACUACGCCCGCAACUACCUCGCCGACCUCCUGGAGCCCUGCGUGCGCCGCGUCAUCUACCUCGACUCCGACCUCGUGCUCGUCGACGACGUGGCCAAGCUCUGGCGCACCGACCUCGGCGGCCGCACCGUCGGCGCGCCGGAGUACUGCCACGCCAACUUCACCAAGUACUUCACCGACCGGUUCUGGUCGGAGGAGCAGUUCGCCGGGACGUUCGAGGGCAGGCGGCCGUGCUACUUCAACACGGGCGUGAUGGUGCUGGACCUGGCGCGGUGGCGGCGCGCGGGCUACACCCGGCUUAUCGAGCGGUGGAUGGAGAUACAGAAGUCAGCGCCCGGGCGCAUCUACGAGCUGGGGUCGCUGCCGCCGUUCCUGCUGGUGUUCGCGGGGCACGUGGCGGCGAUCGAGCACCGGUGGAACCAGCACGGCCUGGGCGGCGACAACAUCCUGGGCAGCUGCCGCGACCUCCACCCGGGGCCGGUGAGCCUGCUGCAUUGGUCGGGGUCCGGCAAGCCGUGGGCGCGGCUGGGCGGCGGGCGGCCGUGCCCGCUGGACGCGCUCUGGGCGCCGUUCGACCUGUACGGCCCGGCCGCCGUGGAGCCGUCCCGGUAA